CAUACAAGCCCUAGUCCUCGAGUACAAUGAAGCUAUAUCCACCGACAUGUGCCCCUCAAAUAAAUGAGAAUGUUCAGAUUGCAGAUGCUCUCGAAAAAUUUUAUCCCCUUCCACACCCCUCUCUUACGAGCUACUUCGAGGUUCCAGGUACCGAAAACUCAAAUGGAUCUCCAGUCUUGAGAAGCAAGAUCUGUGCCAACACGGAAGGAAACAAUAUGGUAACCACCGCUCAUCCUAAAUUGACCACAAUGUACGACUAUAUGCAAUUUGCGCUUCAGUACCACGCUCGUAACAAAUGCUUUGGUUCGAGGAAGGUCACUGAUGACGCGUAUACAUUCAAAACCUAUAGAGAGGUGGCUCAAGCCAGAGACAAUUUUGGGUCAGGAUUGAUACAGGUGAUCAAAUACCUCGGAAUUGAAAACCACAACUUCCGUUCAAACGAUAAGGAGGACUUUAUCUUGACAAUUUUUGCUCCGAACUGCUACGAAUGGUUCAUCACCGAUUUGAGCUGUAUGGCGUAUUCCAUUACCUCCACUUCAUUAUAUAGCACUUUGGGUGCCGAAUCAUACACUUACAUCUUGAAUGCCACCAAAUCACCCGUCAUUCUGUUAACGUUGGAAAAGUUAGGCCCAUUGUUAAAGUCUAUCCAUGAAUCCAAUCUCACAUUCGUCCGGGCUAUGGUACUAUUUGAUGUCAUAUCGUUGAAGGAUGUUGAUCCAGCAAUGUUGGAGUUGGUAAAAGCUGCCAAAAUUGAACUAUGGACCUUUUCCGAGGUCUUGGAGAUUGGCAAAAAGCGUCCCGAAGAACAUAUUCCUCCACAACCAGGAUCAAUCUACUCCAUCUUCUUUACCUCGGGUACCGUUGGGAACCCUAAGGGGGUUGUAUUGACCCACCAGGCGGUGGUUGGCGGAUUAACGUCUAUCAUAGCGUGUAUGACUAAUAUCUUUAUUAGUCGAUCUAGCAAAAAGACCCGUAGAGCCUUGUGCAUUCUACCAAUCACUCACGUGUUCCAACGAUUAGUCUGUUUCUAUGAAUUGACUUCUGGGGCCACCAUUUAUUUGCCUUCCAACCCCAAAGACAUCAAACAAGUGAUGGCUGAUUUGUUACUUGUGAAACCUACCCACUUGGUCGGAGUUCCGCGUAUUUACAACCGUAUAGAAUCAGCUAUUGUGGCCAAGAUUGAAGCAUCCAAUUGGAUUUUUAGGGUGUUGUUCCGCAAGUGUAUGGCUUAUAAGGAGUUGCAGUAUCGUGCCGGCCAUCCUGUUACCGACCACUGGCUAUAUGACCGCCAGUUGACCUCCAAGAUCAAGUCUUCCAUGGGGUUGGAACACAUGGAGCUGAUGGUGACCGGUUCUGCUCCAAUGUUACCAGAAACAAUUUGUAACCUCAGAGGUUGGCUUAAUUCGGAGUUUCUUCAAGGUUAUGGGUUGACGGAAUCGUUCGGCUGUGCUUCCGUCCCGUACGCGGAAGACGAAAUGAGCCCUGACAGCUCGGGUUACCUCUGCGUCGCUAUUGAAAUGAGGCUUGUCGAUUGUCCCGAGAUGAACUUCACUUGGGCAGGCAAUCGCUCAGGCGAGGUGGUUUUGCGUGGUCCUCAGAUCACGCAAGAGUACUACAAGGAUCCGAUUAUAACACAAGAGAAUUUUUAUCCAGACGGCUGGCUUCGCACCGGUGAUGUGGGCACUUUUGACCGGAACGGCCGGUUAAAUAUCGUGGAUCGAGUGAAGAAUAUUUUUAAAUUAUCCCAAGGUGAGUACAUCUCACCCGAGAAAGUUGAAAAUAUCUACCUUCACUUUAAUGCCAGUUUAAUGUCUCAGAUUUUCGUCUAUGGUGACUCAUUACAAUCGUAUUUGGUUGGUAUUUUGGUUAUCGACGAGAGCGCAUGCUUGGAAUUGAUCCAAAAGUCGCGCAUCCCCUCUUUAAAAACCAUCCGAUACAUGGAUGAAUCGAAUAUGGACCAAUUGAACAGAAAUGCGGUCUUGAGGAAGUACAUCUUAUCUCGGAUCAACGCAAAAGUUGACAGGAGCAGGAUGCUCAACGGUUUGGAGAAGUUGAGGAAUAUUUACUUGUUCUUCAACAAUGAAGGGAAGGGUGACGAGCGUAACAGUACUGUGAACUUUGGGUUUACAGAGGCCAACGGGUUGCUCACACCUACGUUGAAGAUUAAGCGUUACGCUGCUAGAAAGUUUUUCGAGAUCCAGUGCAAGGAUAUGUACGAGGAGGGUGAUAUUACCUCACCAUGAAAGGAUUAACUGUGGAGAUAAGAGGUUAACGCUACUUCUUGAAAUAUAGUAUGUAAAUAUACGGACAACUCUGUUCUC